GCACUUUGCUCACUCUCUUUCUCUCACUAGAACUCUUUGAUUUUCUCUCUCUAAACAAUGUAUCGAACAGUCGGCGAUCACCGUUUUUGCUUUCGAUCUCUUUGAUUCAACACUGGUUUCUAUGAAAAUCUGUACUGAAUCGAUUGAAGUUAUGGUUGUUUUUUGAAGUUUAGCUUAAAUAUUUAUGAAAUUUAUGAGCUCGUGAGCUAAUUUGAGCUGAGUUUUGAAGUUUUUGGACGUUUUUUGAGGUGUUUUUGUUAAUUUUUAUGUGUAUGUGCGAUGAUUACUGAUGGUUAUGCGAAGAUGAUGUCGGAAAUUGGAAUGCGAUCAAUGCUAGGAGGAAGUAGCGAUUAUAACGAAGAGUUAGGGUUGUUGCUUAGAGAACAAAGGAGGCAGCAACAAGAGAUGGGUGAUCGAGAGAGAGAGCUCAGUAUUUACAGAAGUGGUUCAGCUCCGCCGAAUGUUGAAGGAUCGUUGAAUGCUUUUGGUGGCUUGAUGAUAGGCACCGGUGGUGGUGGUGGCGGUGGAGGUGGAAGUAGAGGAGACAAUGGUAAUGAUUUUGGUGGACUUUCAGAAGAGGAGUUAAGGUGUGAUCCAGCAUACAUUUCGUAUUACUACUCGAAUGUGAAUCUGAACCCAAGGCUUCCGCCACCUCUUUUGUCUAAAGAAGACUGGCGGUUUGCCCAGCGUCUACAGGGUAGCGGUGGAGGUGGUAAUGUUGGUAGUGGUGGUAAUUCACCAGUAUUAGGGGGGAUUGGUGAUAGGAGGAAAGGAAAUCGUGGUGAGGUUGAUAAGGGAAGGGAUGUUGAAUCACUUUUUUCAAUGCCGAUGGGAUUUGGUGCAAUAAAUGAAGAAAAUGGAAGUGAGGCGCGGAAGGAGUGGGGUGGUGAUGGUCUUAUUGGAAUGCAUGGAUUAGGUUUAGGAAGCCGGCAGAAGAGCAUCACUGAGAUGAUUCAGGACAAUAUGAGCCAAACAACAUCGAGGCAUUCAUCACGUCCUGCUUCCCGUGCAUAUGAUGAUAUUGUUGAUCCUUCUGAGUCUCAAUUUGCUCAUCUCCAUCAAAAUAUGGCAUCUUUGGACGCAUUACAUUCUCGAGAAAAGAUUCAAGCUAUGUCUACCCUCCAGAGUGGCAGUUCAUCAGGUUCUCAGUCUUAUGGUUCGGCCAUGGGUACAUCACUGUCACGAAGUACCACCUUUGAUCCUCAGCUUGUGGCUAGAGCUCCUAGUCCUCGUAUUCCUUCUGCUGGAGGAGGAAGGAUAGCAUCACUAGAGGAUAUUUCAUCUCAUAUGGGCGAGCAUACUGAUUUGGCUGCUGCAUUGUCUGGCAUGAGUCUAUCAGGGAACAAUAUGGGAGAUGAACGGAAACAUCAAAAGUAUCAAAUUCAUAGUGAGAUUGAAGAUCAUCAGAAUCUCUUCCGAUUGCAGAAUGGUCAGAAUCCUAUGAAGCAACAUCCAUAUGCAAAAAAGUCUGAAUCUGUUCAGUUUCACAAGUCUGCAGGUUCCUCUGCUGCAUACUUGAUAGGGUCCUCUAUGCCAACUCUCAACGGUGGAGAUAGUUCUCCAUCUCAAUAUCCAACUGUCGGUAGUCCUAAUUCAACGUUUUCUGCUUAUGCUUUAGGGGGUUAUGGUAUGAACCCUCCAUCACCGUCCAUGUUUGAAAACCAGCUUGGGGCUGGUAAUUUGCCUUCCAUACUGGGAAAUAUAGCUUCUCCGAUGGGUGCAUGUGGAAUUGAUGCUCGUGUAACAGGAGGCGGAUUGAGUUUGGGUCCUAAUUUAAUGGCUGCAGCAGCUGAACUGCAGAACCUUAAUAGACUUGGUAAUCAGACCUUGGGAGGCUCUCUGCAAAUGUCUCAGAUGGAUCCGUUGUACCUACAGUACUUGAGGUCACCUGAGUAUCUUGCUGCUCAGCUAGCUGCUCUCAACGACCCAACAGUUAAUAGGGAGUCUUUAGGGACUUCAUACAUGGACUUGAUUGAGCUUCAGAAAGCUUAUCUGGAGACGUUGGUUGCAUCUCAAAAAUCACAAUAUGGUCUUCCUUAUCUUGGCAACUCUGGUGGAAUAAAUCAUGGUUACUAUGGGAACCCAGCACUUGGCCUUAAUAUGUCAUAUCCUGGAAGCCCUUUGGCAGGUGCAGGUCUUCCAAAUUCCCCAUUUGGACCUGGUAGUCCUGUAAGGUAUGGGGAAAGGAACAUGCGUUUUCAUUCAGGGAUGAGAAACUUAGCUGGUGGUGUCAUGGGAGCUUGGCAUUCCGAGGCCGUUUCUAACUUUGGUGAAACCUUUUCUUCCUCGUUACUAGAUGAGUUUAAGAGCAAUAAGAGUAAGUGUUUUGAGCUAUCAGAGAUUGAAGGCCAUGUUGUUCAGUUCAGUGCGGAUCAGUAUGGGAGUCGGUUCAUUCAACAAAAACUUGAGACUGCUACCACAGAAGAGAAGAACAUGGUCUUCCAAGAAAUUAUGCCGCAAGCCCUUUCUUUGAUGACUGAUGUGUUUGGUAAUUAUGUGAUCCAGAAGUUUUUGGAGCAUGGAAGUUCACCCCAGAUAAGAGAACUGGCUGACCAGCUCAGUGGGCAUGUACUCACCCUUAGCCUUCAGAUGUAUGGUUGCCGAGUAAUCCAGAAGGCCAUAGAGAUGGUUGAUCUGGAUCAGCAGACUAAAAUGGUCGCUGAGCUUGAUGGUCAUGUUAUGCGCUGUGUUAGAGAUCAGAAUGGGAAUCAUGUAAUCCAGAAGUGCAUCGAAUGCAUUCCAGAGGAUGCUAUCCAGUUCAUUGUUUCCACAUUUUAUGAUCAAGUUGUGACAUUGUCCACCCAUCCAUAUGGAUGUCGGGUCAUACAGAGAGUCCUGGAACAUUGCCAUAAUCCUGAAACCCAGAACAUUGUGAUGAAUGAGAUUUUGCAAACAGUUUGCAUGUUGGCGCAAGAUCAAUAUGGGAAUUAUGUUGUUCAGCAUGUACUGGAACACGGAAAGCCUGAGGAGCGUACUUCUAUAAUUAGUAAGCUGAUGGGACAGAUAGUUCAGAUGAGCCAGCAGAAAUUUGCCUCUAAUGUUGUGGAGAAGUGCUUAAGCUUUGGAACUCCCGAAGAACGUCAGACCUUGGUAAAUGAGAUGAUUGGCACCACUGAUGAAAAUGAACCUCUUCAGGCGAUGAUGAAAGAUCAGUUUGCAAACUAUGUUGUACAGAAAGUGCUGGAGACUUGUGAUGACCAGCAACUUGAACUCAUUCUCAACCGUAUCAAGGUUCAUCUUAGUGCUUUGAAGAAAUAUACUUACGGAAAGCAUAUAGUCGCGCGUGUAGAGAAACUGGUUGCUGCUGGAGAGAGGAGGAUCAGCUUCCUGGCUUCAUAUUCUGGUGCUGCUUAGAUGGUGUAGGAAGGAAAAUUGUACAGCUAACUGAGGCUAGAACGAGUACCCUCGUCUUUGUUUUCUUGCCCAGAGCUUUAGCUCUACUUCUUGCUGAUGGAACAUAUUAAAAAUAAAACUGUAUGUGGUGUUUGUAACAUUGUACAUUAUAGCUUUGAGGUAUAAUCUAUAUAAGCAGGUUUAACUGUGAGGCUCAGAUGGUAAACAUACCUGGAUGCCCCUGCCGCGGAGAUAGAGUAACUGUACAAGGGUGUAAAGAAAAACUGUAGUGACAUCUUAAACUGUACAAAUUGUUGCCAUGUGCAGAGCCUGUUGUUUUAGGUACCAAUUUAUAAUGUAUGGAUUCGAUAAUUAUCUUUUCUUCUGUUAUAGAAAACUCUUUAUCAA